UGUCAUUCCGAUUUCAUCAUUUCAAAAGGAAAUAGCAAACCCUGAAAAACUAGGUCGUGAGUAUUGAUUUUUACCUAAUAUCCGACAAACGUACGCGUUGCGCGGCUUUGUGCUAACCGAUUUAUUGUGUUCGUGUUCGCGUCGAGGCGGAGUCGUCCAAAAUGCCCGUAAGUAUAAACCGGGCGACGGUGGAAAAUGUCCGCGUGGUGGUGCGGGUGCGGCCGAUGGACGAGCGGGAAAAGCUGGAGGGGGCUCCGUGCUGCGUGUCGGUGGACGCCGUGCACGGCACGGUGGCCGUGACGCGCUCCAACGCGGCGCCGCCCGAGCCGCCGAGAGUCUACGCCUAUGAUGCCGUUUUCGACUGGACCACCAGCCAGAUGGACAUCUACGUGCAAACAGCUAGCCCGAUCGUCGAGCAAGUCCUGAAGGGAUACAACGGCACCAUCUUCGCGUACGGCCAGACUGGCACCGGCAAGACGUACACCAUGGCCGGGGCCACGGCCGCGCCCGAGCUAAGAGGCAUAAUACCCAACUCGUUCGCACAUAUCUUCAGUCAUAUCGCCACGGCUAAGGAUGAUGAGAAGUUCCUGGUGUGCGUGACGUAUCUGGAGAUCUACAAUGAAGAGGUGCGGGACCUGCUGGGGAACAACCCGCACCAGUCACUCGAAGUGAAGGAGAGACCGGACAUCGGGGUCUUCGUCAAGGACCUCACAGGCUACGUGGUCCACAACGCAGACGAGCUCGAGAAGAUCAUGUUCGUGGGCAACAAGAACCGGCACAUCGGCGCCACCGCCAUGAACACGGAGUCUUCUAGAAGCCACGCCAUCUUCUCUAUCACCGUAGAAAGCAGCAAGAAAGGGGCCGACAAAAAGGCUCAUGUCAAGAUGGGGAAACUACAUCUCGUGGACCUUGCCGGCUCCGAGCGGCAAAGCAAGACGCAAGCCACCGGCACGCGGCUCAAAGAAGCGACCAAGAUCAACCAGUCUCUGUCCGUGCUCGGCAACGUCAUCUCGGCCCUGGUCGACGGCAAGAGCACCCACAUACCCUACCGGAACUCCAAGCUCACCAGGCUGCUGCAAGACUCGCUCGGAGGCAACUCCAAGACCGUCAUGAUUGCAACAAUCGGACCGGCGGAGAGUAACUACGUGGAAACAAUCAGCACUCUGCGCUACGCCAACCGCGCCAAGAACAUCGAGAACAAAACGCACGUCAACAGUGAACCAGGCGACGCUCUACUUACCAGGUUCCAACAAGAGAUUGAUCAACUCAAGAAACAGUUGGAAGAGAACGAAAAUGAGUUGGAAGAGGAGGGGGAGGCCGAACUGAGCGAGGGCGAGUUUACCGACGACACGCUCACCGAGGCCGAGCUGGACUCGCUCGGCCCCGACGAGCGGAAGGAGCUACGCAGGCUCAGGAGGGAAGAGAAGGAGAAACUGAAUCGAGAAAAAGCGAACCAAGCGAGGAAGGUGUUGGAAGAGAAGAAGGCCGAGUUGCAGAGGACCAAGAAACAGCAGGAGGAGCUGAAGGACAAGCUGCAGCGCCUGGAGUCCAAGGUCCUCGUGGGCGGCGAGAACCUGCUGGACAAGGCGGACGCCCAGCGCAGGCUGCUGGAGCAGGCGGCCAGGGAGCUGGAGCAGCGGAGGCUCAUCGAGCUGCGCCUGCAGGAGGACCUGCAGAAGAAGGAGGCCGAACGUCUCGACAUAGAAGAGCGUUACUCCUCCCUCCAAGAAGAGAACGCAGCCAAGACCAGAAAACUGAAGCGCGCCGUCCAACUCCUCAACUCCGCCAAAGCGGAGCUGGCUGACCAGCAGCGGGAGCAGCAGAGGGAGAUGGAGGGGAUCCUGGACUCCGUCAGGGCUCUCAGGAGGGAGAUACAGCUGGCAGACCUGGUGCUGGACUCGUACAUACCCAAGGAGUACCAGGCGCUGAUCGAGCAGUACGUGCACUGGAACGAGCAGCUGGGCGAGUGGCAGGUGAAGUGCGUCGCGUACACCGGGAACAACAUGAGCGCGCCCGCACCACCGCGCCACCACAGACACAUGGAUCCCCCGGACCUGUCUUGUCGCUACCUGUCGUACUCGGCCGUCAACGCGCGCGCGCGCCCCGCCGCCUCCGCCGUGCCGCGCCCAAACACCGCCGCGCCGCGCGCCCGCCAGUAG